AGCAUCAGCACCAAUACUGUACCUCUUGGUGCCGCAUUGAACAAAUAGCCUAUUACGGACACGUGCUCCAUAAUGAGCUUCCUUCCUUUUUUUUCUUUUUAAAAUUGAAAUGCCAUCGGGAAACGUUCCCAUGACGUCAGGAAUUACACACGUAGGCAUACGUUAAUACACUUCAGGUCUGGCGCGAUUACGUAGUGAUGCUCAUGUCCGGGAUACAGACGGGACGGGGGCCUCGUGACUGCGGGAGGAAAAAGAGGAGACCGGAUCUAAGAUAAAGCUCCCUCAACAGGGAACACCUUGGCUUUAUGAUUAUUACCCAAAACAGCAUGGCAUUACCGUAGCGAGUUCUGCUCCACAGCCUGCCUCCGCGACUCUGUUUUCGUUUCCCAUUCCUGUAGAUUGUUUCCUUUUUUUCUGUUUUGCUUCAUGAAACGGCUUUUCCGGGCUCAGGUGGGAGCCGAGCGGCUCUCUAGUGGAAACCCGGGGAAGAUACAGUUGGAUGUGAGCUGAACUGGGAUUGUUUGUUUAGUCCUGCUCCGCGCGGAGUUGCCUGAAGGCCGAAGUGUCGGAUGCGGCAGCCGCUCGGCCUGCUGAGGCUCCGGGUACCGCAAUGCCACGGGGAUGUGGAGAGAGAGACGGCAGGGGCGAUGAAACGAGCGGGAUCGGGGGAUAUUGGAGAAUGCAGAUGUACUACGCCAAGAAUAAAUGUUGACACAACAUAAGUGCACCGAGUUCAGAUUUAUCAGCUCUGGGCUUACUGUUGAACAGAUCCUAACCACAUAUAUUUAAAGUAGCAUCUUCCACAAGAUAGCCUGUAUAUGUUUUGAACUGAGUCCAAUAACCGAGUUAGUCUAAGAUCAUGCCCUCUCCAUCGGACUCCAGCAGCGUGGCCUCGAUGUCCGGCUCUCGGGCUCUGUCUGGGAGCCGCAGAGGAAUGUCUGGCAGGACCAGCGCGCGGGUGCUGCUGUACCUGGGCUUGUGUCACCUUGCGCUCGGGGCAAUGGUUCUGGCCUUCAGCUUCACCAGCCUCGCCUUCACCUCAUCACCCCGGGUCAGACAGUCCUGCCCUUUCUGGGCUGGCUUCUUCGUAGUGGCGUCAGGAGUAGUAGGUGUGAUAUCAUGGAGGAGGCCCUUCACUCUUGUAGUGUCGCUGUUCAUGCUGCUCUCUGCAGUGUGUGUGAUUCUCAGUCUGGCUGGCUCCAUGCUCUCAUGUCAGAAUGCACAGAUGGUCAAAUCUUAUGUUGACUGUAAGGUGGAGAAUCGUCUGUGUCUUUGCUGUGAGCCCAAGUCGUGCUCUCUAAAGGAAGAUGAUACUCUAGUGCUCUACCAACAUAAAGACUGCCAUGCUGUGCGCCACCAGCUUAAGGAUCUGCUGUUUAGCGCAUGUGGCCUGAGUAUUUUGUCCACCAUCAUCUGCACUCUGUCCACGGUCACCUGCAGCAUUCAUAUCUUCUCUCUUGACCUGCUGCACCUGCUGGCUCCUCAUCGCUCUCGCUCUGUCAACCCAGAAUGCACUACACCUCAAGAUGCAUUUCUAAGUAACAUGAUGGAUUUCGAGGAGUUUGUUCCACCCAUUCCUCCGCCACCUUACUACCCUCCUGAAUACACUUGCAGCUCUGAGACUGAUGCACAGAGUGUCACAUAUAAUGGAUCAAUGGAAAGUCCAGUGCCUCUCUACCCAACCGACUGCCCUCCUCCUUAUGAGGCAGUGAUGGGUCAAAGGGCUCCUAGCCAGGCCACAGUGUAUGACACCCAAGCUGGUGAACUCUCCGGAGAGAGAGGAACUUCCACAGCUUUUAGUGGUGAAGUGUCAAUGGACAGUGGCUCUCUGUUGAUGUCUGAGAUUGUGGAUAUUCCAGAUGACAGCUCCCCGUCUGAGGACUCCUGCCUCAUGGAGGUUGGCGUUGGUGUUCGGGCCCGAUCGCGGGGGGUCAGCGAGGGAGGGGAGGGGGGAGAGUGUGCCAACUUCCGCUCUUCCCCACAACAUCCUGAAGGAAUGGUGGCAGCUGCUACCGGACGACGCUGUUUCAGAGGCGAGAGGUCCAACUCCUGCUCCUCUCCGAGCACAUACAACACCUCUACCUACAGGUCUCCAGUCCUGCGGCGCCAAGCCCUGUUGGCUAGUAGCUGCUCUCAGUUGGAGUUCUUAACAGGAUCUCAGCAUUCCUCCAUCCCUGAAAUUAGAGUGCGCCCCUGCACCCCCUCCCGACGGGGCUCCUCCUCCGUAUUCAGCAACCCGCCUUCCACAGCCCCAUCAGGUCCAGCUCAGGACCGUCCAGACCUCACAGUACAGGCAAACGCUCCACGGCCAGUUUUCCGUGAGCAGAUUGUGCGGGAUCGAAAAGACAGCGAUGGCUUCUUACCUCUCCUUAGGUCACACAGUGAACCAGGACUAAGCUCUUCCACAGACACAGGGGAUUUCAGUCUCUCAGGAGGCAGUAAAGGAGUCAGUGAGGGGGGGUCGCAGACCUCAUCAGAAACAGGAGUAUUGUCUGGAGCUGGUUUGCUGCCUCGCUCCUCUCUGGCACUUCCUGCUUCCCUGCCCAGAAAGGGUAGCAUAAAGGCUUUGAGUACCCGGUUGCCCAUCAAACAGGUCCCUGCUACAUCGCUGCGUUUGCCCAAAGACUGUGCACGCUCUCUUGGAGACCUCAAGGUCACCCGAGUUUUAGUGCAGCGUUUCCUGCAGAGAUCCAAACGUAACUUAGCCCCUGCUUCUGACCAUACUGCAAACUGUACUCAGGGGCCUAAAAGGAGGACUGGAGGAGAGGGAAAUCUGCCUUUAGAACAGGUGCUUCGUAACUCUAUGGGAGCCAAUAGAGGGCAGCAGCAGCACGUCCACCACCACUGCCGUGGACAUCACCACUCCCAUAGUGACAGUCGCCAUAAUGCCCGUCGCCAUGACGAUGACCCUGUAAGAGCCAGAGGAAUCCACCUGCGCAGCUGCGGAGACCUGAGCUCCACAUCAGUGGUCUCACUGCGCCGGCUUCACCCACCACACGGGUCAUCAGGAGCGCUUUAUUCAGAAUCUGCCCUCUGAAACAGGGCGAGUGAUUCUGAAAUAAAUCCCUGAAGAAAAGUUAACAGGUGGGAAAUAGAUUUGAGAUGAGGAAUUCACAGAAAGCAAAAGCAGAUGUGCUUUUUGAAAUCUCAAAAGUUUUUAGCUGUUCUUGCCAUAGCAAAAAGACUCAACAUUGCAUAACAAUAACAUUUCAGACCCACUGCUGUCUGUGCCAGACAAGAUCCUUCUGUUUUGUGUUUUCUUUCAUUAUAGGGCUUCUUUUUCUCACUGUUUACGUAGAUACGGAAAGAAUGCAGCACCUCUGACACUGCUGCUUAUCUUCACAGCUCAUUACAAAGCACUUAUGAAAAUACAAACAAGCAAAUCCGUAACCAUGAGUGGAGGAGAGGCUUUUUCUUUGAGAAUAAGGGAUAUGAUUGCUUUUUGCAUAGUUGGAGGCAGAGUGCCAGAAUGAAAGGAUUCCCCAAAUACAUUUGACAACAGUGGAGUUAAGUCAUUCAUAAAUUUUUUAUAGAAUUCGCUCGGAAACCCAUCAGGGCCAGGUGACUAAGAGUUUUGCAUUGACAAUAUUGAGGCAUUUAUUUCUUGAACUGAAAAGGGGGCCUCAAGUUCGGCUGCAGUCUCUUUCAGUUGAAGGAAUAGUUAUUUUAUCAAAGAAAGAUGAGAGCAAAUGUGGGUCCUUAGGAGAUUGUGUAUAAUUCUGAGUAGAACAGAUUAAUCUGCUGAUGCUCUGUAUGUUUUUGGCUUAAUUUAUCUUUUAUUUGGGUAAUAGUGCCAUCUGCUGCUUUUUGUCUCAACUGAUGAGCUAAAAUUCGACCCGUCUUCUCACUAUGUUCGUAUAUUCUAUAACGUGUUUUAUUUAAUAAAUUCUCAACAUGUUUGGUGCUUAAAAGAUUAUAUUUAGUUUGAAGUGAUAAUCUUUGUUUAUUUAGGGUGGGUGAUGGUGUAAGGGCUAGUGUAGCAUCUAAUUUAAUUAUAACAUUGGUUAAUUCCUCAAGCCUGACUCUGUUUUUUUCUAAUAUAGGAACUAUAGCAUAUUAUCUCUCCUCUUAGACAUGCUUUCAUAGCUUCUCAGAUUACUGAGAAAGAUGUGUCUGGUGUUUGAUUGAGUUCGAGAAAUAUUUUUAUCUUAGAGGAUAUAAAGUAAGUAAAUGUUUCAUCUAAAGGCAGUAAGGUAUUUAAACGGCAGGGACAAUAUCUGUCAAGUUUGACUGGUAAUGCACAGCGUCAUUAAUAAAGUGCAUGUUCAGAGAUAACAAUAGCAUAAUAACUAAUCAAAGGUAUAAGAUUGUUAUCUAGAAAAAAGUAGUCUAUGCGGGAAUAUGUUUGAUGGACAAAAAAGAAUAGCUUCUUGACACAGGAUUACGAAAUAUCGCCAAAUAUCUGAUAUCCCAUAUGUAUCUAUAAAUGUUUUAAUGGCCUCAGCUGACUUGGAUGAGGGAAUAGUUUUGACAGAACUGAGAUCUAAAGAUGACAUUACACAAUUCAUAUCUCCUCCUAAUACCAAGGGGUGUGUGUCCAAAUUUGCUAGUUUAGAGAAGGUAUUUGUGAAGAAAACACUGUCGUCAUAAUUUGGUGCAUACACAUUAGCUAAGAUGACUGAGAUAUUAUAAAGUUUGCCUAUACUAUAAAUUGCUGUUCCCCUGGAUUUAGAAUUAAAAUUAGAGUGAUAUAAAUGACCCACCCAAUCACAUUUCAACCUAAAUUGAUCUAUCUUAAGCAAACACGUUAACUGAAGAAAAGCAAUCCCUACUUUAUGUUGUUUUAAAUGCAAAAGUACACUUCUUAGCUUAACAGGGUGAUUUAGGGACUUAACAUUCCAGCUAAUAAUAUUAAUGUUGCAGCCUGCUGACCUAUUUAUUUUAUUAAUCAUUUGAAAAUGAUUAAGCAGUAAUCCCUCCUCUCACCUAAUAAAGAAAAAGUACAUCAAGUAAUUUAGAAAAUGUAAAAUUGGUGCAGUUAAACUCACCCUCACAUCAGUCGAAUGAACAGAGUGACUCCCAACACCACUGAGAAAGUUUCCACACAUUUAAGUGUUUGUUUUGGAGAAAUCACAGUGUAGCAGGCACACACAAACCAAACAUCGACAUAGAGCGUAUAAACUUAUUUCACUAUAUUUAACUCAAAGAUAAUGUGGUUGUUUUACAGGGCGACGCAGUGGCGCAGUAGGUAGUGCUGUCGCCUCACAGCAAGAAAGUCGCUGGUUGGCAUUUCUGAGUUUGCAUGUUCUCACUGUAUUCGCGGGGGUUUCCUCUGGGUACUCUGGUUUCCCCCACAGUCUAAAGACAUGCAGUACAGGUGAAUUGGGUAGGCUAAAUUGUCUGUAGUGUGUGAGUGUGAAUGAGUGUGUAUGGAUGUUUCCCAGUGAUGGGUUGCAGCUGGAAGGGCAUCUGCUGCGUAAAACAUGUGCUGGAUAAGUUGGCGGUUCAUUCCGCUGUGGCGACCCCAGAUUAAUAAAAGGACUAAGCUGAAAAGAAUAUGAAUGAAUGAAUGAAUGAAUGAAUGAAUGGUUGUUUUACGCAACAAAAUAAUAAACUAAGAAGGGAGAUAAUUAUGGAUAUUUAAAGAAAAAAAAUUGCUUUCUACAACAUCGUUGCGUCUUCAAAUUCUAAAGUUGUCAUCUACUCACCAUUUCUACAAAAAAAAUUUCAUAAAGUUGAAAUAGAAAGUAAGUAAUAAAUGUCUUUUUGAAGCACGUUGAAUAUCUGUCGUACAAAUUCAGUGUCUGUUUUUAUACAUACGUGCCAACACUCCCAUUUUUCCCGGCCCCCCAGUCUUCAGUUUGCGACAACACUCAUUUCACAAAAACAGAAAGGAAUGUUUUAAAUAAUAAGUAUUAAAUAAUGUUAUAACGUGAACUUCAAAAACAAGACGCUCAAAAUACAGUUAAGUUAAUCAAAUUUAGCGGAGCUCACCCAAAACACAAUCUAUUCCAUACCUGCUCACUAGCACCCCCAGGAGGGGCGUUUUCAUCUUAUUAUCUAAUGUUGGGUUCACCUUACAGGAGUUUUUCAACCCUAACUGAUUAAGAAAUCUUGUUCCAGCACUCACAUAAAGAGAAUCUGCUUGACUUUUCUUCGAGGUUAAUAAGAUUUUCAUUUCAGAGGGAACGCCUCAUGUAAUCCAAUGUUGUAUUUGAAUAAUGCAGAAUAAUGUAAACAAAAUGCAAAUUAACAACAUAAUGUUUCUUGUCACAUUUAAUAAUGAAUUACAUGAAUCAUUCUAAAUAUUUUAAAUUCAAAACAACUGUUGAUUUAUUAACAUUUCAAUUAUACUGCAGUAAAAAGUUGUUUUUAAGACAAUUUAAAGUCAAAAUUUACCUUGAUUAUUUUGCUAUCGCACAUUGUUAUUCUUUAGGUGAACAAUUAAUCCACUGAAAAAAAAAAGUUUAUUUAAAGUUUUUAGAUCUUCUGAAAAGUCUGAGCAGUUGCUUCUGAACAUGGAUUGGCUGUCCUUCUCUGUUGACAUCAGUUUGGUGCCUUUAACCAAACUAUUCUUAACCACGCCACUCUUACCAUUAGUUUUCUAUGAGGUAAUGAUGCGCAAAAAGAAAGCCCCUCCCCCUACUCAAUAUUCAGUUUCAGUUCUUCAGGUUCACGCAGACUUUAGUUGUUAGCUAACAUUCUUAACUAAAAACUAAAGCAUCAUGCUGCAGUUCAUGUUUGAUCAUUUUUAACAUUAAAGCUCCACCUCACCUUUCAUUUGGCCAGUAUAAAACGUUUUACAUAGUCCAACAUUGUUAGUUCAUCUUAUGAAUGUAACAGUUUUUUACCAUUUUGACAUCCUAAAAAAAGAGAACAAAUAUCUAAUAUUGGAUGAUGACGAUUGGGCUAUUUUAAUGACUUGGUCGUUACACAACUUCCACAUGCAAAAUGCAUGACCCCACAGUCUAUUGUGGUUCUAACUCCUUUACCACUAAACUCCUUCACUAACUGACUAUAUUGCGCAGACCAGUUUAAUAACCCAAACAUCAUCUUGCAUAUAUAAUAUAGAUGUUUUUUAACCUCAAAUCGACAAAAAUGCUGAGGUUUAUGCCGCAGUGAUAUAUUUGGAUUCCUUGGCUUUUUUCAUAGAAGUGCAUGGUUUUUCUAAAACAACUAAUUCGAUUGAAAAUGAGAUUUUUUUUGUGUCUGUCUGUCUGUCUGUCUGUCUGUCUGUCUCUCACGAUGGAGUCCAGCUUCCCAGUCUGUAAUAAUACUUUCUUACAGAAUGCCUCUGCAUGCAUUAAGAAGGCUUGUUUUCUCUUUUUGCAAACACACACAGCUACACAAACAUGCUUGUGACAAAGCUAGAUGUCACUAAUGCAAAGACACGUGUGAGGGAAUUGGGGAUUUUGUAAUAAAGAUGAUUCUCUGGCAAUAAACACUUGUACAGUUAUGUGGACCUUGAAAUGUUAAAGGAAACUGGGACCUUGUAUUGGAAGUUACCUGCAAAUCUGAACAAACUGUCAAACUGCAACGUUCAAGAAUGUGAACAAUGUUCUGGAGAGUUCUGCUCAACACACUGGAAAGACAGCCAUGGACUUCUGUUGUGUUCUGGAAAUGCAUGAACAUCUGAAGGAAUCACUGCAGUUGUCAAUUUUUUGAAGUGCUAGUUAAUGGCUUUGAAUCGGUAGCAAUGUUGCUUAAUUCUUUUAAUACAGUUACUGUAUAUGUAAAUAUCAUUGAUGCACGGACCGUUAUAGCUCACACACAUUCUGCAUCUUUUUGAAGCACUGACACCAAGUCUGAACAAGAGCUUGAUAUUCUACCUCUUAUAAUGCAUACACUGACAUGUUAUGGCCCAGUGAAAUAUUUGAAUAAUUUAAAGGAUUUAACGGGCUACUGAUGAAACUGACUGAUGAAAAAAUACUGAUAUUCUGGGAAUAUAACGCCUAAAAAGAACAUUUAAAAGCGGCUCUACUUUAUGAACUUUUAAUGCAAGUUAUGUAAAAUAUGGAGAAAAAAAACAUGAAUAAAAUGUAUACAA